AUGGCCACCACCUCCGCCUACGCAGUGGCGGCCGGCGGGGAAGCGGCGGCGCGGCGUACCCUUCUCAGGCCACGGCCUCCGCCGCCUCGCCUCGCCUUCCUCUCCAGAACGCCCGCUCGGGGAGCCUCGAUCUCGCUGCCGACGGGGCUUCACCGGGCGGCGGCGGCCGCCGAGGGGAGGACGGGGAUGGGGGUCGGGAGCGAGGAGGAGGGGCCGGCGUGGGUGGAGCUGGAGCCGAUCGGCAGCGACGAGCAACUGGACCGGGCCCUUGCCGCGGCCCAGCAGCGCCGCGCCCCCAUCGUCCUGCUCUGGACAGCGAGCUGGUGCAGGAAAUGCAUAUAUCUGAAGCCUAAGCUGGAAAAAUUGGCAGCAGAGUACUAUCCGAGGAUUCUGUUUUACUGUGUCGAUGUCAAUGCUGUUCCUCAGAAGCUUGUGAAUCGUGCAGGAGUAACAAAGAUGCCUUCUAUACAGACAUGGAGCGACUCCCAGAAGCAGGGUGAGGUGAUUGGCGGGCACAAAUCCUGGCUCGUAAUUGACGAUGUCCGGAAGAUGAUCGAACAGGAGGAAUGAUCCAACAUGUGUUUUUGGCGUGCUUAUGGUUUUCUCGACAAGAUAUGCCUUUCAGUGCGGUAAAAUGGAAAACAUAAGAUAAAGGCGGUAUCAAGUUAUCUACUGCUACUCAGAGAUUAAGCUAUAUGUCUAGUCUUGUAUAAUCCUCAUGCAUGAACACCAAGGGUUAAGAGGGCUUCAGUUCUUGGAGUUCUUUUUAGAAUCUAGAGAAAUUGAGGUACCGGUAGCCGCAGGGAAAUGAUGCCCUUCUUGUAUCUAUUAUUUUAGUUUCUGAGAUUAAUGGAUGUUUACAUUAGUCGUUAGAUAAUAAAAUAUUGAGUGUUGAGUGUUUCGGUUCCAAUUAAUUCACUGCUGUGCUCAGUUA